GAGAGAGAUGGCCGACGCCGCCAAGCUCGUAUGUUAGAUACGGGAGAUGGUCUAGAAGUUGAUCGUACACAAUAAUAACGUCAGCACAAUCAAGGAGUAAAGAAAAUGAUAUCGAUUAAACUGUUAGAGCUCAGCGAUCACUGACUUUAUAUCAUGGAUUUAAAGAUGUAAAUAUGUCCUAGUUACCGAGAAAACUCAUCUGAAGUGAGCGGACGCCAUUUUGAUGUCGGAAUUUUAAAACCGAUUUUGAGAAGGCGAAUCCAUCGGUAUUUAAGCAUCAGUCGGUGUCAAAAUUGCAUUGAAUGAGCAAUUGAAUAGUUCGCUUGGUGACUGAAGAUACCGACUGCAGGUGAUGGCUAGUUCAAAUACAACGCUUGCAAGUCUUUGGGUGGACGAUGGACAAGUAAGUCCAGUCAAGGUGACCACACCUACAACACCAUCAAAAUCUUCCAGUGCUCCUGCAGAACUUAGGGACGACAUUGUGAAAUAUUACAAAGACAGUGGACUUGAAUUGUUUGCAAAAGAGGUCGGGUUAUUGGAUGCAAAUGGAGAUUUGAAAGGGGUCAAAGAGGCAUCAACUUCAAAGACCCAAACUGUGCAGUACGUGGCAGUGCCACUUCAACAGUCUCCAAAUAAGAUGUCACCACAACUUCUGCCUAAAUCUAUCAGUUCUCAGCAGAUGAUGGCAUCACCCAACCCUCGUCAGACAGUUGUACAUGUGGAAACAUCACCUUGGUCUGUACGCAAGCGUGCAUCUGACAUCGCCUUUGACUCGGAUUAUUCAGAAGGGAAGCGAGGUAAAAAGGGAGACAAAGGAGGGAAAGGUCUGCGCCACUUUUCUAUGAAAGUAUGCGAGAAGGUUCAGCGGAAAGGUGUCACAUCUUAUAAUGAAGUGGCAGAUGAACUUGUAGCAGAGUUUAGUGACCCAAGGAAUAUGUCUCCGUCGGAUCAAGCUUUGGCAUAUGACCAGAAAAAUAUUAGAAGGAGAGUGUACGAUGCAUUGAACGUACUUAUGGCGAUGAACAUCAUCUCUAAGGAAAAGAAGGAGAUCCGCUGGAUUGGUCUACCUACUAACUCAGCUCAGGAAUGUCAUAAUUUAGAAAUGGAGAAACAGAGGCGAACUGAUCGCAUCAAGCAUAAGACACAACAAUUGCAAGAACUUAUACUCCAGCAAAUUGCAUUUAAGAAUUUAGUUCAGAGAAAUCGAGAACAUGAAAAGCUGAAUGGCCGACCUCCUCCCAACUCAGCUAUACAGUUGCCAUACAUCAUUGUGAACACCAGCAAAAAGACAGUCAUUGACUGCAGUAUCUCAAAUGACAAGUAUGAGUACUUGUUCAAGUUUGAUAGCACAUUUGAAAUCCAUGAUGACAUUGAAGUGUUGAAAAGAAUGGGGAUGGCACUAGGGCUGGAGCGUGGAACCUGCACUCCUGAGAACCUUGCCAAGGCUGUCAAAAUGGUGCCAAAAGUUUUAGAACCCUAUGUUCAAGAUAUGGCCUCUGGUGUAAAUUCUCUGGCAUUCAACACUAGUGGAAUACGCCCUAUUGACCCUACAGCUGUUGCUGCUCACCAUGCUCAGUAUAGCCAGACAGCUUCCAGUCAGCCCUACCUCACAUACAGUGAAUCGGGAGAUUGUGAAAUAUUAACAGCCUCCCUGCAGGGCUUGUCACGCCAGUCCAGCUCAGGCUCUUAUGACCAGAACUCUCGUGCUGCCACUGAUACACCCUCCAACUUUUCUGAUGAUGAUGAUGACAGCGAGUCUGAUCCAUCCAGCCCUGUAGACUUGGGAUAGAGAAACAAAACAAAAAAAAAAAGAUGCUUGUUGAGAUAAAAACGAUUGCUUGCAGUAUCAGAAAUAUGAGUGAGAGAAUGAGUGAGACAGCAUGAACUGCCAAAGUUUGUUUGGGCCUUUGUAGAGGUUCCCCACUCCCCAACCCCCCCCUUUUUUUUUUUUUAAGGUUUCUUGAACGUAGGAUUUUAAAUGCUGAAAGAUGAAAGUGUAAGUUUCAUUGCGACCUAAGGGUACCUGUGUAACACUGUUAAGUUGGCAUCAAAACCUUUUGUUCCCCACAUGCCAGGCACUUUUUUAACUUACCUGUUUAAGCGCAUUAGCAGCCUGCAUAUGUGAUGGUAAGCUCAUAAAGUCUUUUCAAUUUUCAAUUCCAUUUUUGUAUUUUUUCUUUUUUUCUUUCUUUCUUUCUUUUUUUUUUUAAUGCAAGGAGUGGGAGGAAGAGUUAGGUCUCAGAAAGAAUAGAAUCCAUCUCCUGCAUUUGCACAAGCUUGUUUGCCACACAAAACACAUUGCUAGUUGGACAAAUGCUCUAAGCAUAAUUGUUUAAUAACUUGUAGUCAUUUUUCUGAUUAGUUUCAAUUGCAGUUUUUAUGGACUGACAUGGAAAAAUGUCUGUUUGCAGUUUUUCAGAAAAUGUUGCCGUUAAACAUCAUUCCAUGUAAGUUUUUCCCCAAAAGUAAGGAAUCUCAGCACAUUUUUUGUAACAAGCUGCUGACAGUGCAAAGGUCUAAUAAUUUAUAAGGGAGGUUUUAUACUAGACUGAAAUUGGCCUUAUUCUAGCCUUUACUGUCCUCUCUCAACUUCUCAGUGAAAAUAUUUUAAUUGUGGCAGUCCAUUUGGAACAAAUUUUUGUGUGUGUUAGAUAAGACAACAGCUGAAAAGGCUGUGCAUCUGUUUAGAUUUGCAUGUACAGCAAAACCUCUUUUUCAAGAUCAUCCAUAUUGUGACUUCCUCUUAGAAAUGAUCCAAACUAUUUUCAUGGGUGUGUUUCAUUAUAUAACCAUCAUCUCUAUUAUGACUGCUUCCCCAGUGGGGCUCAGACCAAUAGUUUGUACUCUGCUACAAUUUUUGUUUCUUCGCAGAAGUCAUACAUUAGAAAAAUAAAGUACAUUUACCCUAUAUUACAACUUAAUGCAGAAAUAAUUUAAAAUAAAUUAAGUGCAUUUUGAAGGAACUGCUUAUUCAUUGGGUUACUGGUCAUUUUGAGUCCAAACUAUACUGCCCCAGCCAACCACUUCAAGAACUGACCUUGCUAUAACCAUGAUGCCCUAUGUAAGAUCGCACCGUCCCAACACCUAAAGUUAAAUCAACCCCUAAGCAAAGACGCCUGUUUGAUGAUGUAAACCAAACACAUGCAUGGAAUAAUUUAGUGUGAACUAAAAGUUCAUUAGACAUAGGUGGGAGGUUGAUAUGGGUGGUGCUGGCUUUGGUUCAAAAUGACCGACACCUUUCCCCCUACCUCCCUGUUAAUUGUUUUUAACAGCAUGCAUCAGUUGUGCUUCAUUAACUUUUUUUUUUUUUUCGGCAGGUCACAAGUCCUGUGACUGCUCUGUUGAUGUCUUUUUUGUUGCAAAAAUCAUGUUUAACAAAAUUUUAUAUAUAGUGCACAUUAAGAGACCAUCUCAAGUUACCACAUGUUGAUGGGUUGCUCUUAUCUGGAGUCAUUCAAGCAUAACAGUGGGAGAAUAAAUGCGUAAAAGCAAAAGUGGAAAUGACAACAAAAAAAAUAAGAACUAUAUGGUUGUAAGAGCUUUAAUUUCAGCAUCAAAUAAAUGAAUUAAGAAUUUAUAGGGGAAAUGAAAGCAACCUGGCUGAUUUUCUUACGAAGACCUCUCUCGGUUUCAAUGUGAUUUUGUUGGAUUUUAGCAAGUCUUAAUAGGGAGGACCGGAAUUUUUGCCUUUAUAGUAAAGUCUGUUUUUAAAGCAUUAAAAUAUUUGAGCAGUUUGGUCCAUAUACACCACUCUUUCUUUCCUUUUUUUUUUCCACUAUCAUUCUUGACUUCCUCAACACCUUUCUAACAUCUCUUCAGUAGGAGUUCACUUGCUUAGCGAAGGAAUUGACAUUUGACAAGUUAUGAGGUUUCUGCUGCAUUGGUGUGCUUUGACUGCAUUUAUGAAGUAUGAUUAUCAUACUUGCUAGUAAUCUAGACAUUUCAGCAGUGAUUUUGCUUUGUAGAAAUAUCAUGUGAUGCUGUACCUAUCUAGGGUGAGUUAGAAUGUUUUUAAUUGCUCUGUUUUGAGUGAUCAGGCAAAUAGAAAAUGAUUGUGCUGUUGCACUAGGUACUUUGCUUAUUAAAUAAAAAUGACUUAGUUGAUUAGUUGACAUUUUGGCAAAAGUGUUUGGAGCACUAUGCUUCAAAUUGCUUUUGUGCUUCUACAGAUCGUUUCUCUCCCAGCCCCCCUUUUUUCAUUUUUGAGUUGCAAGUUCAAGCUAUUGCUGAAAGGAAGAAUGUAGAAGAAAGUAGAUUUUUGACAUGUAAAUAGUGUGAUAUAAAAUUAAAAAUACUUCUUUUUUCUCUUUCUAUAUGAUGUACACUGUCAGAAAGGGACUACUUCUAGAUAUUUUAUAAUUUUUGUUGUACACUUAGAUUCAAAGUGAAAGUGUGUAGGAGAAUUGUGAAAGCAUGUAAGAGAAAAUUUGGGCUGUGCAUGUACAGUCACCUAAAAUAAAGGAUGGCAGUGUGCAUAAAGCAAUAGUGACUGCUAUUUGUUCUCAUUGUGUUACAUGUUGUAGCAUAUAAAUUUAAUCACUGCUGACUGCCAUAUCAGCACUGAAAGAUGAAAAUGUUUAGCUUUCUUUUCUUUUUUCUUUUUCUUUUUCUUUUUUUUUUUUUUUUUUUUUUUUGAGGUUGUCUUUCAUCUGAUUUAAUUUUCAGAAAGCCAGUUGGUUUUAAGUUACAUCUAUUUUCAUAUCAAGUGGAAGUUUUGAUAUGCAAAGUGGUGGUUAAGGGUAAAUGAGGACUGGCAGAUGACAUUGACAGUCGACACAAGAAGAAAGUGAAGAGUGUGAUAUACUAUACAGUCGCAAAGCCUACCACAACAGGUUGAAGGUAGCAUCCUACCUCAUGUUUACAAAAUUCAUUAAGACUGCAAGACUGGAUUGCUAAUCUGUCUGAUGAGAAAGCUGGAAAGUCAUCUCACCAUUUGAACAGACUAGUUUGGACAGCAUAUGAGUCAACUCCAAUUUUAAGUAAUGCAAAAUACAGUUCUAGAAGCUUGUCACAUAUUUGGCGACUCCAGCUAGAGCAUGCAGAUAUACGUGAGUUUGUCAAAAAAGGAAAUUUAUCAUAAUGAAGGUACCAAUAAAUGGGAUAAAGAUCAGCAAGUGGCUGGUUUAAGCUGUUUGCUGUCUUCGUGCUACUAUAUUUAGAAGGCUUCAUUAAACUGCUUCAGAGCUGGAUUGCAUGAGUGUUUAUAUCUCCUUUUCUCACACAUAAAGUGCCUGUAGGCUUUAGUUAAGCUUGUGAAAUGUAUGGGCACCUUUUGCAGAAAAGAUUAUCCGAACACUGGUGGUACUCAGGUGUGGCGUGCAUUUCUUGAAGUGUAUUUUGGUGGUGGUUCCAUGGUGGUAACUAUUGCAGAAGCAAUACCUUUAGGGAUAACAUUUGUGCCAUUCCUUAGCCUGGUUGGUGGCUUCAUUGUAUUCUAUUCUCCUUCCCAAACUACCCUUGCUGGAGUGUCCACUACAUCUUAUGAGUUUAACAUCAGUGGUGUAGGAUAAAACAUACUGUCAAAGUUUAAAUGAUAAUUGACUACACACUGUUAUCUCUCAGGGUUCACAGAGUGCUCUUGGUUGCAUCAAUAUUUGCCUGUGAACUUCAGGCUUUUUGUGUUCCUUCUAGAAACAGGUUUUUUUGGUGUGUGUGUGUGAGUAUGCGUGCAUUUCUCUUUUUUAAACAACAACUUUGUUUUAACAUUCAUUCUUGUCAGUAUCAAGAUCAGAUUUUGCAAAUUUUUAAUUGGACAAAACUUAUUUUCAUUCUAAUAGCAUCUUUUAUUUUUCAUUUCCAGCAUAAAUCUUUUGUCUUCUUUUAAGUAUUUGUUAAAUAACUUGUUCUCAAAUCAGGCAAGGCAUCAUUUGUGUCAGUGUGAAAAUGAGUUUAAAGUUAUCUGAAUUACCACAUUUUUUUCCCUGUGAUUAAUGAUAGUUGUGCUGGAUGUAUUUUGAAGUUGGUCAAAUACGAUUCUUAGUCAGACAGUGGUUCAGAACAUGAUGUUGAAUUGGCUUAUUUGCGUAAACAUAUGUAUCGAGUGAGUUCUGCUUUGUAGGAAGUACAAGGUAAAGUUCUGGCUGCAUCCAGAUUUCUUUUUUUGGGGGGAAGGGGUGUUUAAGAUCUUUAAUCAAUUUGCUUCUGCUGCAAAACAUUUGGCUGUAGAGACGGGACUUUCACAAUAGUUAGCCUCACUCGCAUUUGGGAUUCAAUGCAUCUAAUAGUAAAUCUAUGCAGUUUAUUUAAAUAUAUAGAAUUAGUAUUUGUUAUGUACAUUUAUAUUUGGGUUAUUUAAGCCUCUUGUAUUCAGUGGAGAUCUUGGGGUAUUCUGCAGACCUUUCCUAGUCAUCUAACUUGACAUUGGAUGUUAGCUAUGGAAGAAACAAGCCCUGCUGUGCACCAUGUGAAAGAGAGGAAAUACACCUGUAUAUUUGGAAAGGGUGCUUAAGAAGCUAAGAGAAUAUUUUGCAUCAUAUUUUCCUGCAACUAUUUUAGUUAAGUGCAUUGUUUUGAAGGAAGCUUUGGCUACUCUGUGAUAGCCAUGGUGAUAUCUUGCUCUUAGUGUUUUAUUGUGAAGGCUGUGGGGUAAAGAUUUCAAUCUGUGUAGCCUAAGAUUUCUAAAGCUUUAUCACCACCACUGAUUCUGCUCAGCAUUUUGUUCGCAGUCUAUCAACUUGUUCAUUUAAAAACAAAGAAGAGCACUACCUCCCAGUCUUGUUGAGCCAGUCUUUUUGUCUGAGCUGCAUGAUGUGCAUGAGCUGCAUAAACAGUUUUGUUCCUUAAAGUGAUGAGUCAACUGGCCAGUGGGCAAUGAUGAGUAGUGUUAUAGAAGAUAAUGCUUGUACAAAUCAUAUCAUUUUCAGAAAAAUGUUGGCAUCUGCUGUCUGAAAUAAUCUGGAAGGUGGCUGAUCCAUCGUUGUUGGUGAUCCUUGGUUAGUCUUUGUAGUUGACCAUUUGUGGGACUCAAGGGCUGUGUUCUUCCUCUCAGUCAAGAUAUUUUGUCUUCUCCAAGGGCAGAUGAUGCGUAUUUUAGUGUUCUGAAUCUUUAAUUAUGCUGUUUCACCAUUCGCCUGAUUGGAGGAACUUUAGUUUGGGGUGGUGUAACCUAUCUAUAGAAUCUUAAUGUGGAUGGUCUGUUAUGUGCCUGUUAGCUAGUCAUCAAUUCCAAGACAAUCUUUUGUCAAGAAUCCCCGAUAAGUUGUUUGCAAAUUAUCACAGAAUCUAACAUGCCUACACCAAGUAUGUUUGCCUUCAAUCAGUAGAUCUCUGUCAGUGGUGAGUAGUAUGACAAGCAUGAUGCAUAUAACUUCAUUCUUGCUGCAGACAACGUGAUGAAUGAUUGAGUUGGCUUGAUAUGCUUUCUGCCACACUGAAAAUUUUUAGCAUAUGAAGUCAUUGAUAUAUGUAAUGAAUAAUCUUAGAAAAACCUUGAAUAAUAGUCUUGUCUUGGUAUGUUAUCAUAACUGAAUACAGAUCCUUCAGGAUAUUUACUCGCAAGUUGCUGAAGUGACUGCUCCUUUCUUCAAGUGCUAUCAGACAUUUUGCUUGUACACAUUGUCCUGCCAUUUACUUACUGUAGGUCUUGUGGCACUGAGAGCAUAAAACCAGUGCAUUCUAAAAAGCACCCUUGCCUUCUAGCAAGAUGUAUUUGUAGAGCAUUCUUUAGUAAGGCGGCUUUAUGUUGUUGAGACAAUUAUGAUCACAGUCAUGAACUUGCAUUAGCAAGGUUGCCUAAGUCAGUUGGUGUUCUGUCUAGCAAAAUAACUAUGGAGAGUUUAUUUUAUAUUUUGUCAUUGUCAUAGCCACGUAUCAGUGAAGAUAAUACUUUGCUUUAGAAAAAUAUUCCUUGAAAAUAACUCUCCUUGACACAGUGAAGCAGACUAACUGGUUGACAUGUUCUGUAUUGCAGGCUUGCUGUAAAUCUGUUGAUCAUUUAUGCACCUUUAGAAGGAUCCUGCAAAUGUAGGUUGAGAAACUUUCUCAGGGAUGGGGCAUUUGCUUCUUGCAAAACGACUAUGCAGCAGAUGGAACCACUGGUUGUUUGAUCAGUUAUUGACCACGACACUCAUGUUCUUGUUCAACAGAGGAUGGAUCACAUUGAAGUGGCAUGAUGGUUCUGAUGUGUAUGUGUGAGAGAGAGAGGAUGGUCUCAUUGUCGCUUUGUUUCAACACUUUUGUAUCACAAAUGUGGUUUACAUGAGUAGGACAUUGUAAAGGUCAACACUUGCAGAUUAUGUGAAAAGUACUUGAAAUUUUUAGAGCUACAGAUUCUACCAAGUCAGACUACUAGUUUUUCACAACAGAAUAUCUGAAAUGUAUUUUUGCUGAGAAUGGUUCCCAUGAGCUUUAAGUUAGUAACUGAAAUGUGCACAGGGGGAUUUUGUGAAAUUGUUUCGUACGAAUGGCCAGAUUCACUUCUCCCUCAGUGAGCUGUUUUGUGUAGCAUAUAUGGGCAGAAUGCUAUCUGAGCAUUUAAAGAUCUGCUUUCUGACCAACUUAAAACUUUGAAUGAUGGUGUAUACUAUUUCACCUGUAUGUUCUAGAACAGUACUAGUGCUGGGAAAAUUAUGCCUGUGCACAGUUUUGGAAGUUACUGCAACUCCGUGAAGAGGAUGGAAUUAAAAUUUCCUUUUUUUCAUAACAGAUUUUGUAACUUUUUAAAUAGAUAAUUACUUUCAGAAUUAUGAGUGUUUUUUUUUUUUUUUUUUUUUUGGUUUUAGAAGGUAGAGGGAGUUAUUCAGAUAACUGUCAUGCUCAGAAGUCUUGAAGGGCCUGUAUCAUCAGUUUGGAGAUUACAUUUUAAAACAAUUGAAUUUUGUAGAGGCUGUUGUUGCAGUCUUCACAUGAUAUUGCUUUUCUGCUGCCAUCAUGCUGGUAAUGGUGGUUGGAUGCAAGUGUAUCUUCAGGCCAUGCUAACUAUGCAGACAUCAGCCAACGUUGCCAGAGUGGUUGUCCCUACAGUUUGGUUUUGUUUUUUGUUUGUUUUUUUGUUUGUUUUUUUUUUGCUCAAUAUGUGCUGCUGACCAAGGCCAGCAAAACAGGAGGGCUUCUGUUAGCAGCUGGAACUGAUUGUGAGAUCGAGACAUUGGCAUUGCCCAAUAAGAAGAAUGUGGCAGCAUGGUGUAGAGUGGCAUUGACACUGGAUGUAUUGUGUGGAAGGCAUCGUGAAUAGUGUUGCCAGCCACUGCAGCUGAUAUCCACUGGUACCAGCCUUCACAAUGCGUGUGCUGUAUGUGGAAAGACUUGAUGACACCAGCAAGUCAUUUACAGAAACUGGUCACCAAGCUUACUAGACCAUCAUCCCCACAAAAUGUCUUAGUGGGGCACUUUGCUAUCUGACUAAACUAACCACAGGCACUGGAUCUCAAGCAAUUAUAGGGACUGACUGGCAGUGCUUUUUUCGAUUGUGUGAAAUUGUAUGAAGGCAGUAAAAAACACAGUGCUAAUGACAACCACACAUGCUUGAGAUUUGUGUCUGUGUUGACUUUUUUAAGAGGUAAUGUCCAUUAUACUGCAAAAUGAUCUUUUGUAGAAGGAAGGUUUUUUUGUUUGUUAUUAAAUUGUUCCUUUACCAAAUGUGUGAUGAAUAUCACAGAUCAUUUUUUUUUUAUGGAAUAGUUGGUGAUUUCACAACUCACCCUUCAAAUUAUUGAGCAUCUUCCAGACUGGUUUUAUAACUUGUUGAAAUGGACAAGAAUCAAUCUUGCUGAUUCUGGUAUAGAUCACUGCUUACAAUAUCAACAGCUUUCUGUGCAUUAACAGAAAACAAGAUUUGCAGGUAAAAUAUUGCUCAUGAUUGUUUGGGGACUUGAUUACAAAUCUUACUUUAUUAGAGAAACUGGCAACAAUUAGACUUACAGAUUUUUAUUCAGAGUUAGAAUAUCUGUACUUGAAUGUAGGACAACCUGCACUUUUAAGACUUUUGCAUGUUGAAGCUGGGGUGUAAUUUUGUUGAUUUAUUCUGUGAAAAUGGUUCAUUGUUUUCUUCUGGUCUCAGAAUCGAAGAGGAAGCCUGUUUUUAUUUCAGUGUAGAUGAACUGCGGCUUAAAGAUAAUUUGGACAUUACAUUGAGUGACUGGCAGCUUAUUUUGGACAGAACGUUGAACUUGUUUUCUUCCAUUCUCAGUCCUGUAAUCAGAAUGUGUGUACAAGAAGGAGAUGAAUUAUGCUUUUGAAUUUGGUGUGUGAACUAUUAUUAAAAGUUGACAAGCUGUUUGGAAAGUUAUAUGACGUAAGAUGCAGAGGACUGCCUAUAACUGUUUGUUCUGACUAAACAUGCCUUUAUGUCUUUAAGUAAAUUACAAUUUCAUUUUAUUAUACUUUUAAAACUACAUGAUGAACUUCUAUUGAGCUGUUUCCAGAUAGAAGAUUGAGAAGGUCUUAUGAAUCUUAACCACCCAUUUUCCUCUGAAAUCAAGGCAGCUUCAAAGUAUAAUAAUGCAGACAAUUACCUAGGUCAUGUGGUGCUGGGGUUAACUUUGAUUAGGAUCAGAGAGGAGAUGGUGGAAUUAUCAAGUAGUGAUGAUAACAAGUGCACAAUCCAUGUAAGAAGCUCAGUAGGACAAUAUCAUCAGCUUGACAAGAGAGUGAAGUGGGAAGUCUGUAUAAGAAAUUAUAAUACAACAUGGUUAUGUAAACAUAAUGGCAACAUGUUUGUUUUUAAAUAGUUGGGCAAUGGAGCAUAGUGCAAUAUAUUCACUUUCUUUAAUGUUUGAUGAUUUAAAAAAAUUCAAGUUGUUGUUGGUUGAGACUAAUGCAUGCUCUGCUUAAAGGCAUCUUGGAGCUAAGAGACAGGUAAUAGGAUACACAGGACUAGAUAGGCAGUUAUAUGCCCACUUAUAACAAAAGUAAUCAUAAGUUUGUCACAACUACAGAAUUUGUGCAGUUUAAUGGCCAUUCUUCCCUUUUCUCAACUCCAACCAUGUAAAAUGCUUAAAACAUUUUAGACAAAAUGAGAGGUGACAAGUGAUUUAAGAACAAGGCAUCCAGGAUUUUGGUCAUAAUGACUUGUUGCUUGGUUCAUCAUUCUUGGCUGACAUUGUUACCUGACCAUGGAGCAGAGUGCACAGUACCUGUUUCCAAUAGAAUGUUCUAUGGCUGCUAUUUGUCCAUUAACAAGGAUGAUAUAACUAUGUGGUUUUCUAUUAAUUGAUAUCAGUGUCACUAUAUAAAUUCAGAUUGAUUAAA